CAGUAAACAUUUAAGAAGUUCGAUCGAACACAGUAAAAAAUUAUAAGAAAACAUGGCUAACCCGAAUUUAACUGAUAUGACAGAGGAAGAUGCGGCUGACUUACAAUUUCCAAAAGACUGUUCAUCGAGUAAAAGAGAAAAGAUCGAGCAUAACAUAGAACUCGACGUGUCAGUCGUGAAGGAUGAAAUCAUUACUUCAGACCCAACAUGCCGCGUUUGCAAAUCUGUAUUGACAGAACCGUAUAUUCGUUGUGCUGUGUGUAGUGGUAUGGAACUGUGUCCAUCUUGUUUCUCCAAUGGAUCAGAAAGUGACAACCACAGAAAUGAUCAUGAUUAUAUUAUCAUAAAGAAUGAAUUUCCUUUGAUUGAUGGAAGUGGUUGGACAGCGAAACAAGAAUUAGAGUUUUUAGACGUUUUACAAGAGUGUGGUUUUGGCAAUUGGGUUGAUAUGGCUAAACGUAUGCAAGAGAAAUCAGCAGAAGAAUGUAAAAGUCAUUAUCUUCAACACUAUAUUGAUAAUCAGACUUUACCAGGCUUGCCAAAAAUCGAAGAAACAAGAGUUAAUUUGUUUGGUUGUGAACCUAUACCCUAUUUAUAUAAAUUACAAGAUUUAGAAGAACCUCCACGGUUUGCACCUAAUACGCUUAAUUGUAAGCUUUUAGCUGGAUAUAAUCCAGCAAGAUCAGAUUUCGAAGUCAAUUUUGAUAAUCAUGCAGAGUUAUUAAUUUCUGAUCUAAAUUAUGGUGAAUUCGAUGAAUGCAGUGAUAAUUAUAAAUUAGGAAAAGAGUUACAAGUAGCUAUAGUACAGGCAUAUAAUAACAGACUGAAAGAACGUAUGAGGAGAAGAAAAAUCAUACGUAAUCAUGGGCUGAUAGCAUUUAGGAGAACUAUAUCUUGGAUACAAAGAUAUGAGUGUACAAUAACUAGAUCACUUGCAGAAAGACUCUUAAUUUUUAUGCAAUUAUUAGGAGGAAUAGAAUUUGACUAUUUCAUGGAAGGCUUACACAGAGCAGGAGAACUAAAAAAUUAUCUUAAUAAAUUAUUUGAAUUUCGCAAUAGCGGUUUAAAACACUUUCAUAGUGUACCAAUGUUUCAAAAAUUAAGUAAACUUAGACAAGAAAAUGAAAAAGAAAGGAAACAGUACUUAAAUAAUCCUGAGUAUAGUUGGAAAACUAUAUUACCUGGAUGUAAUGUCAGUUUUAAUAACACUAUAUCAAAUACAAUGUCACAGCGGAAAACGGCACCGCCACUUGCAAUUAAAGGUCUUCCAGGAUACGAGAAAUUAACUUUGGCUGAAAAAGAACUUUGUUCAGUUACGCGUAUAGUACCUACUAAUUAUCUUGAUUUUAAACAAAUCUUGGUAGCAGAAAAUAAAAAAACUGGUUGUCUUAGACUAGCACAAGCUAGGGUUUUGCUUAAAAUCGAUGUAAAUAAAACACGCAAAAUAUAUGAUUUUCUUACGGAAAAAGGGUAUAUAAAUAAACCGAAUCAAUGA